ACAAUGCCCUACAGUAGGUAUAACAAAACCAAGUGUUCUUCCAAACAUAAGCAAGUUAGUCUAUUUUUGUUUGUCUUUAUGUUCUCAGGUUCAUGUGGUCUAGCGUUAUCGUCACAUCGUCAGAUUGUUCUGUACAGUCCUCACAUGGCCUCGGUGGAGCGUAAGCAGGAAAAGCAGGGACCCUUCUACCUUGGCUAUGGCAGUAGGAGACAGACGAGUGCAGAGAUAGUGACAGAAGCCCGGCAUUCUCUCAGGACUCUUCGGACGCAGCGGCCCUUCACCCCACGAGAGGAGCACCGGCAGCUUUUUGGAGGAUCAGCCCGCACACGUGACGGAAGACCGCCAUCUUCAUUCAGCCUCCAUGCUAAGAAUUUCGAGGCUCCUGAUUCCAGGCCGAGUUCAGGGACCCGCCUCUCGCCUUUGGAUCACAAGCCCAGGUUGCCACUUUCACUGGAUGAAGACUACAGUGAAGUUGAAAAAGCUGUGCCCAAACCUCCAGGUGAACGUUUGGAUAAAGCAGGUUCAGGAGGCACUCGGACAAGACUCGUCAGGGCAAGAUCGCUUACGCUGGUUCCCUCGAUGACUCAACACUCAAACGUAGUUCCUCACGCCGAGGGUGUUGACGAGCCUACCUUGAGUGUGAAGCCAUCAAAGCAAGUGCACAGAGAGUCUUUUUCCUUGCAUUCCGGUUACAAACCAGAAAGGACAGAGAAAUCCUCAGAAAUUCUCACACGCAUACCAAUCAAACAUAGUGGAACUCCACGGCCCAGCAGUGCUGACUUAUCUCAAGCAAAAAGAACAAAAACAGGUGCUGAGCCUGGCUGCAGAGACACGGCAGGAAGUGAUGCCACCGAUGAAUCUGUCUUCUGGACCUCUGAGGUGCUUCCUAUUCUGCAGACGUUUGAGUCUGUUGCUCCAGGAGGAAUUGUGUCAAAGGAGACUAUCGAGCGUCUUUGUGAUGCCUGUGCCAGUCUCCAUAGUGUCCUGGCAGAGAAAGGCAUGCUGGGAAGGCGGUUUAAGAAAAGGUCCUCCAUUCUCCAGGCACUGUUUCGACUGAUCGAUUUGGGAUCAGACCAGCUAAACCUAACUCUAGCUAAAAUCAUACUCGCACUUAAUGUCAGCGGAAACAACUUGCUAAACAUUUGCAAGCUGGUCUUUAAAAUAAGCCGGAGUCCCAGAAACGACUUCCUGUUCCAGGACAACCCCAUUAUAGAUUCCCUCCUCUUACUGAUACAGUGUGAGGAUUUUAAAAGCAGUGGAGAGACUGUGCUGUACUGCAUGGGGUCCCUGAAGCUCCUCUCAGGAAACAGCACCCUCGCCAGGCUGCUCCUAGCUAAAGACUUCAUCGCAGUCUCGCUCCAGCUCUCUCAGCAGCUCAUUCAGCUGUCAGACCCUAAAGCUUUCCCUAAUGAUCGUCACAUGUUAGCAGGACAUGGCCAGCCUGCUAUCACAGGACAUAUACUGGUACAGGUGACAGCAGCUCUGCGAAACAUGGCCGACUUGUCCGAGUCCCGUUCUUCCUUUUUGUCCAACGAUGUCUUCUCCACAUUAUGUGCAGUUAUGGAUCAUCACCAAGAAGACCAAGACAUCUGCCUUAAUGUAGCCAGGAUAUUUAGCAAACUGUCCUCCUAUGCUGAGUGCUGCUAUGCGCUAGCCGAGACAUCGAGCUGCUACAGGCUAUUUUUAGCCCUGUUGUGCAAACACAGCAGGAAACAGGCAUUGGUGGUGCGUCUCCUGUUCACAUUAGGAAACCUGGCAGCUAGGAGCAAUGAUGCCAGAGAGAGAGUUUAUGAGGUGGAAAGGUCCAUAGACGUUCUCUUAGAGCUUUUCCAGAGCUACCUGCGAGUCCCCAAGAAUCCUCCGGACUCGGAGAAUCAUAUGCACGAGGAAGAGGACGUCCUGAUAAAGCUGAUUCGAGUGUUGGCUAACCUGUCCAUUCACCCCACUGUAGGCAUGGCACUGGCAGCCAAUACACUGUGUGUGCAGCUACUACUGAAAGUGAUGGAGGUCAGGUCUGUGGAGGAGAGUACCGAGUUAGUAGUAAACGCUUCAACCACUAUCAACAACUUGUCAUACUACCAAGGAGAGAGCUCCGUCGUCCGCGUCCAGCACGCUCACGUCUCUGAGUUGCUGCUGAGGCUGUUAUUAAGCUCAAAUAUGGCUGCAGUGUUAGAGGCUACACGUGUGUUCGGUAACCUCUCUCAGAUCGAAGAAGUACAGCAUUUUAUCAUCAGAAACCAAGUGCACCAGUUUGUAGUGGCUCUGCUGGACUCCAAGAAUCCCGACGUGUGCUUCUCGGCAUGUGGAGUCCUCACAAACCUGACCGUGGAUCCCAAGAACAGAACCAUAAUAAAUGAGGAAGGAGCCAUACACAAGUUGAUUGAUUGCCUGCGGGACUUUGGGCCUCAGGACUGGCUUUUGGCUACACAGGUGUGCCAGACGCUGUGGAACUGCACUGAAGACACACAGCAGGAGUAUGCACAAGAGCUGCUGGAGAUACUUUCUCUCUAUUCAGACCAGAAGGCUUUGCAGUGGCCCUCUAGUGACGAUAUAAAGGCUUACCAGGAGGCAUGCUGGGAGCUGGAGUUUUUACCUGUUGCCGAGAGGCUGAAGAAGCGCAUGCAAAGAUAUGUAAACGUACUGGAACGCAUCAGUGAGCCGUCCUGAUCAAGCAUUCCUGACGUGUGAAGAAGAUGAUGAAAUAAUCCAGGGUAUAUACUGACUGCACUUUCACUUCUAUAAUGUACUGAACUUGCCUACAUACACUGUUUUUAAUGAUCAGUACAGAGAAACACUGUGAAUACAGAGAAUGUGAAAAGAAUCAAUUUAAUGUUUUGCAUCGACCCUCCAUGGCCACAGAAACAAUGCAAGAAUGUUUCAUAAGGAACAACCAGGACCACAGCAAUGAUCUCAAACUCUUUAUUAACGCGACCAGAAGGGACACAGGACAGAGUUAGAAUCUCAUGUUAAACAGUUACAGCAAAAUGAUACAAAAUGGCACUGGUUCUCCGUCUCUAACAUUCCUUUCAGCCUAACAAUAACACUUUACUGGUACCAUCUGUACAAUUACCUAGAACAACACUCAUCCUCAGAACUGUCCCACGAAGAGAAGCCAAAUUCAGUAAUAAUUCAAUACACAUCCAAAGCAUAAUAGGCAUUUAUUAUGAUAUCCCAAUUAAAACAUUAGUAAUGUGCUAAAUCAAAGAAUGAUGCAACAGCACGGUGAGAAACGCUACAAACCCAACAAGCUGAGUUACUCUGAUCUUCUCCAGAGGACAGAUCAAUUCCUGUGUUUGUGUGUGUGUGUGUGUGUGCGCGUUAUUACUGCAUAGCAGAAUUACAUCCUCUACUAGGCCGAGGUGUGCUUCGACUAUUAACAUUUCCAGGAACUUGUUAGCUGUAAUGGUGUUUCCUACUUGUGAUCAUUCACAAGCUUUGCAAUAGGACAGACACAAACGUGGGCCAGAGAGUACAAAGUUAUAUAAACAUACAUUCCAUAACGGGUUUUUGUCUCCAAUUCACAGGCUAAGAGGUAUUUUAUCAAUAUGAAUACAGUUGAAUACAAUUGUUCACACACUUGUCACAACUGGAGGUAUUUAUCUCUGAUAUCUCCAUGCUCAUGUUAUAUGGGAUUGUUUACCAGAGAGAAAAAAAAAUACUUAUGGAAAUUCAGGUAAUACAAAGAGAUUAUAUGUUUUAUUUUCUUUAUUAUUUUUUUUUUGUUUGUUAAACAUUUUCUUAUAAAAGUGUCAGUAACUGACAUCAGUCUCUGAAGAUUGUUUUUUUUUUGUUUUUUAAAAAAAGAAAGCUCAUUGCUUCUUAGCAUACAUCUCCAAAAAAAAAAAAGUACCAUCCCUCUUUCUUUCUCAACACACGUCUACAUCCAGCUGUUCCAGCCACCAUCAGAAUGCAGUACUUGAUUGAUUUUUUUGAUUUUUUUUUUUUUUUUUUAAGUAAA